AUGGCCGGCGACGAGGCGGACGCGCACGACGGCGCGUCGGGGCGGCUGGAGAGCAUCCUGACGGCGGAGGCGGAGGCGUCGUCCCCGUGGGCGCGCCGCGCGUGGGCCGCGGCGUCCAUCGAGCUGCGGCUGCUGACGCGGCUGGCGGCGCCGGCGGUGGUGAUGUACAUGAUCAACUACCUCAUGUCCAUGUCGACGCAGAUCUUCUCGGGCCACCUGGGCAACCUGGAGCUCGCCGCGGCCUCGCUCGGCAACACCGGCAUCCAGAUCUUCGCCUACGGCCUCAUGCUGGGCAUGGGCAGCGCGGUGGAGACGCUCUGCGGUCAGGCCUACGGCGCCCAGAAGUACGACAUGCUGGGCAUCUACCUGCAGCGCUCGGCCGUGCUCCUGUGCGCCACGGGCGUCCCGCUGGCCGUGCUCUACGCCUUCUCGGAGCCGAUCCUGGUGUUCCUGGGGCAGUCGCCGGAGAUCGCCCGCGCCGCGUCCAUCUUCGUGUACGGCCUGAUCCCGCAGAUCUUCGCGUACGCCAUCAACUUCCCGAUCCAGAAGUUCAUGCAGGCGCAGAGCAUCGUGCUCCCGAGCGCCUACAUCUCCACCGCCACGCUGGCGCUGCACCUGCUGCUCAGCUGGGUCGUCGUCUACAAGGCCGGCCUCGGCCUGCUGGGGGCCUCCCUGGUGCUCAGCCUCAGCUGGUGGCUCAUCGUCGCCGCGCAGUUCGCGUACAUCGUCAUGAGCCCCAGGUGCCGACACACCUGGACCGGAUUCACCUGCCAGGCCUUCUCGGGCUUGUGGGACUUCCUCAAGCUCUCCGCCGCGUCGGCCGUUAUGCUCUGCCUUGAGACCUGGUACUUUCAGGUCCUGGUGCUCAUCGCCGGCUUGCUCCCCAACCCUGAACUUGCAUUGGAUGCGCUGUCUGUAUGCAUGACUAUUUCUGGGUGGGUGUUCAUGAUCUCAGUAGGGUUCAAUGCUGCUGCCAGUGUACGAGUGAGCAACGAGCUUGGUGCCGGCAACCCAAAGUCCGCGUCCUUCUCUGUGGUGGUAGUGACACUGCUCUCCUUCGUCCUGUCGGUCCUAAUCUCCAUCGUCAUCCUGCUGUGCCGGGACUACAUCAGCUACAUCUUCACCGAGGGCGAGGACGUGUCGCGGGCGGUCUCCCAGCUCACUCCACUGCUGGCGGUCACCCUCAUCCUCAACGGCAUCCAGCCCGUCCUCUCUGGGGUCGCUGUGGGGUGUGGAUGGCAAGCGUUCGUCGCAUACGUCAAUGUCGGUUGCUACUACAUCGUCGGCAUCCCCCUUGGGUGCCUCCUAGGAUUCUAUUUUGACCUCGGAGCAGCGGGUAUUUGGAGUGGUAUGAUUGGGGGCACCUUCAUGCAGACCGUGAUCCUGGUGUGGGUUACAUACAGGACCAACUGGACCAAAGAGGUUGAAGAAGCACAGAAAAGAUUAAACAAAUGGAAUGAUGGCAAGGCUCCUCUAUUGUCAGCCCAAGAAUGA